AUGGCUUGGCUCAAAGAAAAGAAUUUUGACACAAAUUCCUCCAGCUGCUCCUUCUCUAUACCGGUCCGGGAUAUCUCAGAUCUCAGAUGCUUAUAUGUUGUUCAGGUUUCAGGUUCAUUGAAGCAUCAGAUACGAUCACCACCGAGUGACCCUGUGCAACCCGCUAAAGCUCACUGGGUUGGUGUAAUGGGAACCAAGGAGUCUACCGGAUCGCCCCUGGCCAUCGUUGUGAAAGCCGGCUACAAAAUGGGUAGCCGCUCCGGUUCUCUGAGUAAAGGUUCUCCUCCAGGGAUAAAGGGCAUCGUUUAUAUCAUUAGUUUACCAGAUUGGCUGCUGACGGGAUUUUAUAUCACAUCAGGACAGCCGCCGGCACCGACAAUCACAGCCUUUCCCGGCAGAGUGAUAAACAGAGGGGACACCGUAACUAUCCGGUGCGAAGCUACAAUCAACAAACUGCGGUUUCAUCUGUAUCAUGGCACUAAUAUCCGGUAUUUAGAUGCUGAAGGGAACAGAGCAGACUUUCCCAUCAUAAAUGCCAAUGAGAAUAACAGUGGAUAUUAUUAUUGUAUUUAUAAUGAUUCACGUUACAACCCAACCCCGUGGUCUGCACCCAGUGAUUCCCUCCAAAUACAGGUUAUCGAUCUCAAGAAGCCUGAAAUAUCCUGGGACACGGAUCCUGAAGACAGAAGUAAAGACAGAUUUACAUGUUUUAUACCUGAACCUCCAGCAGAAUAUCAGCUUCUACGAUGUUUCUUAUAUCAGAACCUGACAACUCCUCUCACAGAUAAAACAUUUAUAGCAAAUUCCUGCAGCUGCUCCUUCUCUAUACCGGUCCAGGAUAUCUCAGAUCUCAGAUGCUUAUAUGUUGUUCAGGUUUCAGAUUCAUUGAAGCGUCAGAUACGAUCACCACUGAGUGACCCUGUGCAACCCGCUGAAGAUCUCAAGAAGCCUGAAAUAUCCUGGGACACGGAUCCUGAAGACAGAAGUAAAGCUAGAUUUAUAUGUUCUGCACCCAACAAUCCUGAGAAAUAUCAGGUUAUACAAUGUGUUCUAUACAACAACAUGGCUUGGCUCGAAGAAAAUAAUGUUGAUACAAAUUCAUUCAGCUGCGCGUUCUCUGUACCGGUCCGGGAUCUCUCAGAGAUCAGAUGCUCAUAUAUUGUUGAAGUUUCACCAAAGCAUCAGAUACGAUCACCACUGAGUGACCCUGCACAACCAGGCGAGUAUUGUAUCCACAAGUUACGAUAA